GUCAGUGAACGUGAACUCAGCAGCUCCAUUUUGUGACAAAGGAAAACAAAACAUUUCAGGAGUAAAAACAACCACAAAAAAGGAAUCAAACAUCAGCAGAAAUCAGCUGGACUCCAUAUUUGAGGAGCUGGAACACAAAGUCAUCACUCUGAUAAAGAAUGAGCUGAAAACGUUUAGGGAGCUCCUGAGUCCAGAUUACCCAGCAUGCACUGAGAGGGAGGUGGUGGAUGAGGAGGAUCUGCACAGUGUCAGAGAGGGAGCACUGAAGAUCACACUACACAUCCUGAAGAACAUGAACCACACAGAUUUUACUAACACACUUCACAACAUGUCUGUAGGUUCUGUGUAUCAGUCAAAGAUGAAGUCUAAGCUGAGAGAGAAGUUUAAAAGAAUUAAUGAAGGAAUCCCACAACAUGGAAGCUCAGCACUUCUGAAUGAGAUCUACACAGAGCUCUACAUCACAGAGGGUUGGAGUGGAGAUGUCAGUAAUGAACAUGUGGUGAGACAGAUUGAGACAGCAUCCAGGAGACCAGCAACACAGGAUAAACCCAUCAAAUGUAAUGAUCUCUUUAAAGACAAGUCCAUCAGAACUGCUGACUAAAGGAGUUGCUGGAAUUGGGAAAACAGUCUCUGUGCAUAAGUUCAUUCUGGACUGGGCUGAAGGAAAAGUAAAUCAGGACGUCGUCUUCAUGUUUACACUUCCCUUUAGAGAGAUGAAUCUGAUGAAGCAGCAAAAUCUCAGUCUGAUUAAUCUUCUUCAAUACUUUUUCCCAGACAUGAGAGAACUAGAAUCAAUAGACUGCGACUCCUACAAAGUGGCGUUGAUCUUUGAUGGUCUUGAUGAGUGUCGACUUCCUCUAAAUUUCCAGAAGAAUGAGAGAAUGUGUGAUGUGACAGAGUCAGCCUCAGUGGAUGUGCUGCUGACGAACCUUAUCAAGGGGAAUCUGCUUCCCUCUGCUCUCCUCUGGAUAACCACAAGACAAGGAGCAGCCAAUCAGAUCCCUCCUGAGUGUGUAGACCAGGUAACAGCGGUACGAGGGUUCAGUGAUCCUCAGAAAGAGGAGUACUUCAGGAAGAGUAUCAGUGAUCAGCGCCUGGCCGAUAAAGUCAUCACACACCUGAAGUCUUCAAGAAGCCUCUACAUCAUGUGCCACAUCCCAGUCUUCUGCUGGAUCUCAGCCACUGUUCUAGACUCCUUACAGUGUGAGAACGGACACCUGGACUUGUUCCACCGUUUCCUUCUUGGUCUCUCACUGGAGUCCAAUCAGACUCUCUUACAAGGCUUAAUGCCAGAGACAGGAAGUAGAUCUCACAGCAAACAGGAAACAGUGGAGUACAUCAAGGAGAAGAUCAGUGAGAAUCCAUUUCCAGAGAAAUCCAUAAAUCUGUUCCACUGUCUGAUUGAACUGAAUGAUCAUUCUCUAGUGCAGAAGGUACAAACUGAACAGAGGAGGUGACAGUUGUCUCAGAGGAACUAGAUUCUCUCCUGCUCAGUGGUCAGCUCUGGUGUUUGUGUUACUGAACUCAGCACAGGAGCUGGAUGAGUUUGAUUUGUGGAAAUAUGAUCGUUCAGAUGAAUGUCUUCUGAGGCUGCUGCCAGUGGUCAAAGCCUCCAGAAAAGCUGAGUUUACAGACACUGAGGUCUGAUAUCACUUGAGUGAAAACUGGACCUGAGUAAGAAUGAACUGCAGGAUUCAGGAGUGAAGCUGCUCUCUGAUGGACUGAAGAAUCCACACUGUACACUGGAGAUACUGAGAUCCCUCAAAAUUCUACGAGAAGCUCUCACCUGCACGAAGUAACGUCAGGCCACAGUUGCUGAUGCUAAUCAGCCUGACCCUCCAACAACAACAACAACAGUGCCAGGCCUACAUGGGUUCAGUGCAGGGCCAGCUAUGGCUACGUCUUCAAAUACCCCCCUCCCACAAGAUGAUGGACUGUGGAUGUUUCUUCAGAGCCGAGGGAUUCCUGAGAAAAAUAUUCAGAAAAUGCAGCAAGAUCAUAUUGACAGCUCGGUAGUUGGAGAAAUAGAUGAUGCCACUAUGACUGCUUACAUUCCAGCAUAUGGUGAUAGGAUUGCUACAAGGCGUUUCUGUAUGGAAAAACAGAGAAAAGGUGGUGAUGAUCUAAAAAGACAGUCCUUAUUUGAAAAACUUAGAAGAAAGUUGGGCACAUUGACAAGCAAUAAAGACACAGAUCAAGAUUUUGAGGAGGAGCAUUCUAUGCAGCCAACAAAGAUACAUCUGAGAAAUAACAAAAGGGCCGUGAAGAUGACAAGGAAAAUAGAACUAGGAUGGAUACACGACAAGAAACAAGUGAGAAAACGCAAUGGUGGAGGAACCAGAGUUCUUGAUAUUUCCAAGAAAGCCACAAAAACAGAGAUUCUAUCACAAGCUAAAAAGCUAUUUUUCCCCAAUGAGAAAUCGAGAAAGGGAAAGUGGGAAGAGUUCAGUCACAACAUUGUUGACUUUCAGGAAGCAUACCUUGAUGAGGGUGUUAGUGUGGGAGAGCUCUAUGAGACACAUAAAUUGGGGAUUUUAAGAUUUUACUUGUUCACAGAGCACCUGACAAAUGAAGAUGAAGUGUUCACAGAGAUGACAGAAGGAACUGAUGAACAGACAGAUGCAGCGAGGCUAAAUGAGCAACAGAAAAACACAACAGAAGAUAAUGAGCAGCUGACACAAAAAACACAUGACAGUGAACAGCAGACACAUACUGUAGAAGAUGUUGUCUCUACUGCUGUAGAGAUUGUUGAUCUUACAUCUUUGUGUGAUACAUCGGAGGUCAUUUUUGGCCCUUUGCAAGGUGGACCAUUUUUAGAAGAUCUUGAUGACACAAUCUUACAUGAGCCUAUAGAAGAGGCACAGAUAAACAUCAACGCCUACAGCUCAACUCCUGUCCAUUCUGACACAGUGCCUGCUGGCCCAUUAAGUCCUACUUAUGAACCUUUGCAUGUGACAGUGAAACUCCACAGAGUCAAUCUCUUGGAGGAACUGAUUACCCAAUUCAAGGAUGAAGUGAUUAUGUCCUACUCUGUGAAAUACAGCUUCAUUCAUGAAAUGGGGGCAGAUGCUGAUGGCGUGUCCAGGGAUGUAUAUGCUGCCUUCUGGACAGAGUUUUUAGACUGUGCAGCAGAGGGUGCAGAUGUGAGAGUGCCAUCACUAUCCCCAAAAUGGCAAGAGGAAGAAUGGAAAUCCGUUGGUAGGAUAAUGGUCAAGGGAUUAAAGGAACAUGGAUAUUUUCCUUCUCGGCUGGCUCAAGCCUUUACAGCAGCAAUCAUAUUUGGUGAACACACUGUCUCACCUGAUUUAUUGUUUGACUCACUAAUGUUGUAUCUUAGUCAGUCUGAGCGUGAUCUCUUGUCCACUGCUUUGCAAGACGCCCUUGAUGGUGAUGAUAAAGAUGAGCUUCUUGAUCUUAUGGAUCGCAUGGGAGUAAGAACAGUACCAACACAAGAGAACUUGAAAGCUGUGCUUCUCCAAGUGGCCCACAAGCAAAUAAUCCAGCAACCAAAAUAUGCACUGGAUAACAUUGCAGCAGUCGCAGGACCAACUCUCAGGGAGUUCUUCCCCAGUGUGCUGGAUAUGCAGAAGAUGUAUGAGAAUCUUAAACCAUCAACCCGGAAGGUUUUAAAGUUGAUCACGGCCUCUCCAGCUACUCCAGCAGAGAACCAAAGUUUGCAAUUUUUACAUCAGUACAUCAGGGGAUUGGAUGAGAUAGGCCUCCGGAAGAUGUUGAGAUUCAUGACAGGGUCUGAUGUCAUCUGCGUUAAAGACAUUCAAGUCAUAUUCACCCCUUUGGAAGGGUUAUCUAGGCGGCCUAUUGCACAUACUUGUGGCCCAACAUUAGAGCUGCCAUCAACUUACAACAGCUAUCCUGACCUCCGAGCUGAAAUGGAGGCUAUACUGUCCAGCAACUUCUAUGCAAUGGACAUUGCAUAGAAGUGUCUCUCUCACUCACAUGUACACACUCUUCCCUCUUGCCCAGUUAUAGCCUUAUCAGUGCCAUCUGUUUACAGUACCUUUAGAUAGUGUGUGAAUGUAAGACAGAGCACAUAGGGGAAGUAAUUAACUCGGGUGGUGCAUAAUGAGCGCAGAGUAAUUUAUUUAUUUUGUUUUUCAGUUUAAGUUUUAUCCAAAAUGUCAUUACCAAACUUACUGUGGAAACAUGUUUACUGGCUGAUGAGCAUUUUGUUGAUGGACUCCGAAUAUAUCCAGCCCAUAGAAACAUUUACACAUGAUAAGAUUCAAUAAUCAGUUUGAUUUAUUGAUAAUGAUACUGGACCAUUUAAAUGCCAUUUAGGUUGCCCUGUUUGCAGUGGGCCCAAAGUGUGUCAAAUCACAUUUGGUCAUGCUGAAUAGUUCCACCAUGAGGACCAAUUUUGCCAUUUUGACAAUGGCAACAUGUUUUGCAACGUUUCAUAUGCAGUUGCUGUUAUUACCAGACUUAAACUGUCUGUAGAAACAUAUUGAGUGGCUGAACAUUUUGUUAGUAUACUUUAAGGUCCAUUUAACCAAAAAACAAUUAUAAGCCUUUUACACAAUGUAUGUUAUAAAUGCAUGUGGUUUUCAUUUUUAAGUGAUUUAGAUACAUGUACCAGUAUUUUUAUGUACUUUUAUGUAAGCCAUCAUUUCUGUUAGCAGUUUAGGAGCAUACUUUUUGGGACAAUUUAAAAGAAAUGUUCUUGUAAAGUUGCAUUUUAACUUGGACCCUGGGGUAAUGUCAGCUCAUGUUAAAUCUAAAUUUUGCCAGUGUUUGGAAAUCUGUUCUAACAUACAGCACUGUACAUUAGAAGGUGUUCUGCUUUUUACAAAUAAAAAGCACAGGUUUCUCUCGUUUUGUA